UUCAUAAAGUUAAGUUUUUGAAGUUACAAGUUACAAGUCUAAUUGUGAGCUGUGAUCGAUUUCAAAUCAAUAAUAAACAAAUAUUAUUUGUUCCUUUGCCAUUCUUAUCUGUGAUUUAAACAAUGUCUUCGUCGGACUCUGACGACGGGUUUUAUAGCAAUGUAAAUGUAUUUAAAAAGAUAAGGCUCGCUCGAGAGCAACUUCGAAAAAAUCUGGAAUGCCAAGAGGGUUCAACAGAAAAUACCGGGAAAAGUCAUGAAGGCAGCAGUACUGUGAAUGACGUAAAUGUGGCCAAAAUUACGGAAAAUUUACCGAAUACCACCACUAAUGAUUCGUUUAUUGAUUCAGUUGAGGAUGAUUUGAUUUUGGACGAAAUAAUUGCGAAAAACUCCAAGCCGGCCCGCGGAAGAGGCCGAGGGCGAGGCAGGAAAAAGAAAGAAUCCAUUGUAGAACCUCCAAAACCCCCUGAAGUUAGUAACACAAGAGGCAGAGGCCGAGGUAGAGGUGGAAAAAGAGGUAGGGCAUCUAAAACCAAUGUCACAGACACUGAACUAAGAUUAGACACAUCUGAAUUAUUAAAUGGCGCAAGUAAUAAAAGAAAACGGAAUGGAACUAGCAGUUCAAUAUCAGAAGCAGAUGAUUCAAUACUUGCAGAUAUGCUAAGUGCAUUAUUAACAAGUAGAGGUAGGGGCAGAAAAAGGAGAGCAGCCUAUUCACCAAACAGUUCCGUAGAAGAGGUAUUAGAACGUUUACUAACUGGUAAUGUUACUAGAAGAGGUAGCCCAUGGGGCAGAGGUAGGGGAAGGGUGGGGGGAAGGGGAGGCAUGAGGCAACCAAUCAUGGAUAGACCCCUGGUUUUACCAAACAUUAAUAUGAUUCCUAGUUAUCCAACAUAUAGUUUUGGUAACACUGAUGGAUAUUAUGAUAAAUCAAAUGAUGUACCCUUAUUCAGUAAGCCUACCAGUACUCCAACCAAUGUAACGGAUGAUGUUGUCAUGUUAGAUAGUGAAGAAACAGAUGCAGAGGACAACGAACCGUUAUCCGUGAAAGUCAUAUGGAGAAGUUGGGAAAUCUCAAAAUUCAUGAUACGCAAAUACCAGAAGUUAACACAAAUAUUUGAUCAUUUCGCGCAGAAGGAAAACGUCGGUAAAGACAAGUUACUGUUCACGUAUAACAAUAAAAUCUUAACUUGUGAUGAUACACCAGCAUCCAUAGUCUAUAAUAUCGCCAAGUUCAUAGAUGGAGGUAUCGUUAGUCAAAGUUUAAGAAACAUAGUGCAUGAAAAGACUAAAGUUAACGGAAUCCAGAUUAAAUUUCAGUGCCAGAAUAGUAAGAAGCCCAUAGAAAUAACGAUUGGGAAAGAUGAUAAAGUAUCGUUAGCAAUGACACAAUGCGCUGAGCGCUUGGAGGUUCCGUUGAAUAAGCUAAAGUUUGAAUUUGAUGGUGACAUUGUUGUAGGUACCAACACUCCGCAACAGAUGGGCUUAGAAAAUGGAGACUGCAUUGACGUUAUCAUACUUAGCUGAAUUUAUUUACUACAUUAAAGGCCUUUUUAAACACUUCUGGAUAAACUUUAUCUAACGGAUAAAUUUGACACUAUAACUUUUUCGUCGGUUGAAUCACGAAUGGGUGUAUCCAACAAAUAUUCAAUUUUUGGUUAACUCCGAA